CCUACUACCACAUUACAUACAUUAUCUUUCUUUGCACGCUCUUACUCGUUUCCUUUGUCUUUGUCUUUCUCUUUCGGCUUUUUCUUCUGCUCCACUGUUUCUAUCCCUUCCUUUCUGUAUGCAAUGUAAGUGUUGGUUACUCUCCUCUCUUCCUGCCAAUGGAUUUCUUUGCCACACAUCGCCUUCAUUGCUUCUUUCUUUUUUUCCCGGUUUUUGCUUGAUCAUUUCGGAAUUACAUUUCAAUCUUCUGUUUUCUUUGGUUGGUUGGUUGUUUGGAUUUGAGUUUUCAGUUCAAACCCAACUUUGCUUUCACGUUUUCAUUAUCUGGGCUCUGUUCAUUUCUUUUAAAGUUGAUUCUUUUUGUGAAUUCAUGGCCGUGGACGAUAUUACUAGUUUUGCCUGCGGAUGGUUUGUUUCAUUAUAUUAACUUUUUUUUUUCUUUUUUCACAUUUAGCCUCGUUCUAUCAAUCGUUGUUUGGGGAGGUGUUUGUGCUAUUUGUGCAUCUAUGUGAAAUGCUGAUAUAGUUAAGAAUUCCCUGUUGUUGCCAUUGCUAUAAUGUACUUGGUAUCGGUAUCACUAAUAGACAUGCAGAGGGGUUUUUUAUUAUGUUUUCUUGUUCCUCUCUCGCCGCUGCUCUAAGUAGAUUCUUUAAAAAUUGGUUUGAAGUUCUGGCUUACCUUUCACUUCUAAUAGAAGUCUGAUUCUGGAACUGGGUUCAUUCUUUUACUAAUUCAUGAAUCCAGUAAGCGCAUCUAGUUGAAGACACUCGGAAAUGAGUUUCUGUGAUGCCCUUUUCUCAAAUGUGGUUAUAUGUAUCUUGAGCAAAGACACUUUGACCUUUGGAAAAAAAAAAGGACAUUUGUUUUGUAAGCUUGGGAUACAGUAUUCUGCUUAAGUAAAUAUGCUCAAUCCAAUCAACUGUAGGAAUAGUUUUCGUGAACGAUGCCUAAGGAUUUGAAGUCGGAGCAUAUUUAAAUACUCUUUCACUAGGAGUGUUCAGUGCUCUAUGGAAGGUUGAUUUGAAAAUGUGGCCAAGUUAAAAGCAGAAGAAAAUUUGUUUUCUUUUUUAUUUAGUGUCAUCAUUAAAAAAUUUGUUUCCGAAACUUGCACCUCUGUAUGUCAAUGUGUAUGUGUGCCUUGAUCGGUAGGAAACUUGUUGUAACUUCCAUGGAAGCUUGUAAGAUUAUGACCUUAUAUUUGCUGCUCAUGUUGCCAGUUUGUUUUAGCUGUGGGUUGCGCAUUUGAAUUAGGGAUAAAUGUGUUCUCCACCAUGGAAAGACUAGGAAAAUUAGAUGUUUGAUUAGUGUUGGUAGUUCAAAUCAAGACCAGCUGCUAAAAUUGAGGCUAACCAUUUGAAUUUUUUUAAAAUUUUCAGUAUAUUUCUUCAAGUGAUAAACUGUUAGGAAUUAGGCAAGGGAAACUUAGAGAGAUAGUUAGUUAAAGACUUGAAGGGAUCAACUAGAUAAAUAGGGGGAGUAAGCAAAAAGGAGGCAUUCUGUCAGGUAUCAUUUGAGAGAACUAAGAAGUAGCACUGAUGUGAAAGGAGAAAUCCUUGUAGGAUAAGGAGAAUUCUUUCUCCUAUAUUCUGUUCAAUAUCAUUCAAGCAAUAAAAUCAAUCUCAUGGUUCCUAAUGUUGACACUAAAAGCCAUCAAGUUUUUUUUUUUUUUUUGAAAAGCUUUUAAGUUGUAAUGUAAUAUGGAUUUCUUAUUUCUAAUAUGAAGUCUUACAGUUGCAUCAUUGUCAUCUAAGGGCUGUGCUUAAAUCUAUUUAUUCCAGUGAAGAUAAACAGUUUUCCACUUGUUUGUUUGCACCAUAACUGAUUAAUCCCCAAUAAUUUUUUCACAUGGAUUUAUUGACUUUGCAAGAUGCUGUGACAAACUGUGUUAGUGCAACAUCAUGGAACUUUUCAACAUGUAAUGAUUAAGAAGGAAGAUCAUUCAUUUAACUGAUUAAUGGCACGGAUUUCUGAGAUAACUAACAUAAUACUUUUGGUGACAAGGUCUUUUUCUCUACUUAGAUUGGCAUGCUUGUUUGGUAUCAGAAUCGCAUUAACUGUCAUAUAUACUUGGACGGAGUUGAUCAGGACUUCAAUUAGCUUCCAUGUAAACAUAAUAUUAAGAAUGAUCACAUGGACAUUUGGGCUUAUCUCCCUGCCUGCAAGAGUUGUGAAUGCCUUUCAAAGGGAGAGGCAGCUGGAACAAAAACUACAUGAAAUGCACAUAGAGUUGGAGAAUCUAGUGUGGGAUAAGAAGGAACUUCAAGAACAUUUUCAAAUGGCUGUCAAAGAGCGCAAAAUGAUGGAGAUACUACUGGCAGAGCUUGAAGAGGAGCAUGAUAUGGCCAUUGCAAAUAUUGAAAAGUUAGAGGGAAAGUUGCGGGAUCAGACAAAUGAAAAUCUUCGGCUGAAAGAAAUUCAAGGAAAGGGAUACUGGAGCUCCAAAGACCACAACAACACUGACAGAGUCCAAACCAUAGAUGACAGCAACUACAACAUUUCUCAUCCUAUACUCUCACUGAACUCCAACUACAACGGCAGUGGAAUCACCCUUCAAGAUCUUCUAAUGCGCAAAGAUAUUUGGCAAGAUGAGAGCAAAACCAGAAGUGAGUUGCUUAAACUCUUGAAAGCUGUACCAAAGUCCGGGCAAGUUAAGUCCGAAAUGAGGGAAGCACUAGACCAUCAUCGAGACAUAGCUCUUUCACAAUCACUUUUCAGUGCCCUUAUGUCACUUGUGGUUGGAGUCACUGCGUGGGAAGCUGAGGACCCUUGCAUGCCUCUUGUGGUGGCUCUCUUCGCCGUAGUAGGCAUGUCCUUGAAGAGUGUGGUGCAGUUUUUCUCCACCAUUAGAAAUAAGCCUGCAUCUGAUGCUGUUGCUCUUUUAAGCUUCAAUUGGUUUGUUCUUGGCACUCUAACCUACCCUACCUUACCAAGGGUUGCUCGCAUGCUGUCUCCACUAGCGCAACGCCUUAUGGACCAAACCAUGAUCCGGUUUGGUCUCCUUUCCUUAGCUUGACACUGCUUUUUUUCUUUUCUGUUGUGUUAUAUUAUUAUGUGCAGUAUAAUCUGAAUUUUGAGUCCUAUUUACUGUGGUGUGCGUUUCUUACUGCUUGUAAAAUAUGAUGAGGAAUCUCUGUAAUUUGGUUGUCUGUGAUGAGAUAUUCUGCUUUCUCUGUUUCAAGCUCACAAACAUGAAAAGGAGAUAGGAAAUCAGUUUUUGUUUUCUUUACCAUUUUUCAGAGUUCAGUAAGAGCUAUUAUUGUUUUUGUUAA